AUGUCCGCAUCCUGUGCCCUGAGAGGCAUCUAUACUCGCCAUAGGUUGGCCCAUCCUUCCCCUUCCCUCGCCUUCUCCCGCAUCUCGACCUGCCAGAAGAGUAUCCGCCCCACCGUUCGCGUCUUCACCACCUCACCAUGGCGCCAAAAAGACGACACUGCUGUAAAGACUGCUCAGCAGGAGACCAAAGUCUCGCCUGCUGAGCCCACCAAGUCUCCAACCGUAAAGAAAGAGAGGGUCGACCCACUUCUAGCAGAGCAGACUGUAUCCAACAAGGAACAGCGCAAGGCAGAUUGGGCCAUCAUCAAGGACAUGGCCCAUUACCUAUGGCCCAAAGAUGAUUUCGGCACUCGCUUUAGAGUCGGCUUGUCCGUUGCUCUCCUUGUAGGCGCAAAGGUAGCUAUCCACUACCGAACACAUGUCGCCUGCUGUCAUAUUAAUGCCAUUAUANAGGUUUUGAACGUCCAAGUUCCUUUCUAUUUCAAGUCCAUUGUAGAUUCUAUGAACAUAGACUUUGCUGCAGUCGGUGGCACUGCUGUUACUGUCGCUGGCGCCACUAUCUUUGCCUAUGGUGCUACUAGGAUAGGUGCUGCUGUGUUCCAAGAGAUCCGUAACGCUGUCUUCGCCAGUGUUGCGCAAAAAGCCAUUCGCCGCGUUGCAGCCACUGUUUUCGAGCAUUUGCUCAAACUGGACCUGAAUUUUCAUCUAUCUAGACAGACUGGUGGCCUAACAAGAGCUAUUGAUCGAGGUACAAAGGGUAUAAGUUUCCUUUUGCAAUCCAUGGUUUUCCACAUCAUCCCUACAGCUCUUGAGAUCUCUUUGGUCUGUGGUAUUCUUACAUGGCAGUAUGGCUUCAAAUUCGCCCUUAUCACAGCCGCCACCAUGGUCGGCUAUUCCGCUUUCACAAUCUUGACAACAUCAUGGAGAACCAAGUUCCGUAAGGCUGCCAACGCCGCUGACAACAAGGGCGCCACAGUUGCAGUAGACUCGCUGAUCAACUACGAGACUGUCAAGUACUUCAACAAUGAGCGUUACGAAGUUGGUAGAUACGAUGCGGCCCUCAAGAACUACCAGGAUGCAUCUAUCAAAGUUGCCACGUCUCUGGCUUUCCUGAACAGUGGACAAAACCUCAUCUUUUCCAGCGCACUGACUGCCAUGAUGUACUACGGUGCCGAUGGCGUCGCCACUGGUCAACUGACUGUUGGUGAUCUGGUCAUGAUCAAUCAGCUCGUCUUCCAGCUUUCAGUCCCUCUUAACUUUCUUGGCUCUGUAUACCGUGAACUCAGACAGAGUUUGCUGGAUAUGGAGACAUUGUUCAACCUCCAAAAGGUCAACGUGGCUAUCAAGGAACCCGAGAAUGCAAAGCCUCUUAUGCUUACUGGCGGAGGCAUCAAGUUCGAGAAUGUCUCGUUUGGCUACCGCCCUGACAGACCGAUCCUGCGCAACCUCAACCUUGAGAUUCCUGCUGGCAAGAAGAUUGCCAUCGUCGGUCCUAGUGGAUGUGGCAAGUCUACCAUUCUUCGUCUGCUCUUCCGCUCCUACGAUGUUCAGGGUGGCAGAAUCUUGAUUGACGGACAAGACAUCCGUGACGUUCAGAUUGAGAGUCUCCGUAAGGCGAUUGGUGUUGUCCCGCAAGACACCCCUCUCUUUAACGAUACCAUUGAGCACAACCUGAAGUACGGUGAUCUAGAGGCUUCUCCUGAGCAGGUUGAAGCUGCUGCCAAGCGUGCGAAGGUCCACGACAUCAUCCAGAAGUUCCCCGAUAAGUACGCCACUAUGGUUGGUGAGCGUGGUAUGAUGAUCUCGGGUGGUGAGAAGCAACGUCUGGCCAUCGCUCGUCUGUUAUUGAAAGACCCACCAUUCCUUUUCUUCGACGAAGCAACCUCGGCCCUCGACACACAUACUGAGCAAGCACUUCUUGGUAAUAUUAACAGUAUCCUCAAGGAGAAGGCACGAACAAGUAUUUUCGUUGCGCACAGGCUGCGCACUAUCUAUGACUCCGACAUUAUUAUCGUCUUGAAGGAUGGCGUUGUAGCAGAAAUGGGCACGCAUGAACGUCUUGUCGAUAGCGGAGGUGUAUACUCGGAGCUAUGGAGUGCACAGGAGAUGCUGUUCAUUGAUGAAGAACAAGAGAAGUCCGAGGAGAAGAAGAAGCAGGAUAGAAAGAAGGUGUAA